AUGAAAUCUUAAAUUCCUUCAGCUAAAAAGCCAGCAAAAUCAUAUUCUAAACCAAAAGACAAUUUAACUGUAUAAACAGGUAAUUCUAAAAAAGAAUUUACGAAUGAAUCUAAUGGUUUUGAAGCGUCUAAAUAAAUGUCUACAUAGCCAAAUCCUUAAGAACUUAAAAGAAAUUAAGAUUGUCUUAUUGAAAUUGUAGAGUUAGCAAACACUUUAAAAGAUGAUGAGAAAGUAAACGGACUUAUCUUUAAACAAGUUAUCAUUUCUAUUGAAGCUAAAUUGACAGAAUUCUAAGAUAGAUUAGAAAAUAGAGAUAAUCUCUAAGAAUUAAAUUCGCACCUCAUAAAAUUACAAAAUCUAUAAUCAAGUCCAUAUAGUCCUAAUGCCAAUCAUGUUAAUUAAAAAAAGGAUGAAUCUCAUAAUGAUACUAGUGGAUUAAUUCGUAAUUAAAGUUAAGUUUCUUUACCUUAAAAUGACAAUGCUAGUGUUCUGAGUGUUUAAGAUAAAAUUAAAAGCCCUUAAGCUAGACGUUCAGUAUCUAAAUAGCCUACAUGUAAUUUAUAGAAUAACAAUUUUAGAAAAUCUUGCUAUCUCUUCUCAAUAGGUUAUUUAAGAAAAUAAUAAAAUUGCUGCCUUAGAAAAAAGACUGAGAUCUUAUGAAGAUAAUUAUGUUAAAUUAUCUAGAGAAUUUCAAGAAUAAUCAAAUGCGAAUAAUCAAAGAUUAGAUAAAACUAUAAAGGCUCUAAAUGAAAAAUAUUUUGCAUAUAGUACCAUGAAUUUACAAUAACAAUUUAACGAAAUCACAGAGAGUUAAAAGGCCCUGAUUUUACAUCUAUAACAACAAUCCAAAGAAAUCACGUAACUGCUUCGAAAUAUUUAGUGAAACUAAUAAUACUUUAAAUUAAUUGAAGCAAUCACAAGAUACUUAAAUUAUAGAAGUAUUCAAUAAAAUUGAACAUACUUUAUAAUAGAAUAAUGAAAACUUUGUCAGAAUUCAAUCACUAUCAUCCUCCCUUUAAGCUAUUGAUGCAGACUUUAUUAUUAUUUUAAAAUGCUA